CGUCUCUCUCCUCAUUCCGACCGAGCGGAGGAGACACAAAGCCACGACCCCUCACCGCAAGAGCUUCGAAGAUAGCUCGACCGCCAAAACCAAAUCUCCUCUCCUCCCGCUCGAGUAAAACUUCUCCUGCUCCCCGAGCACCACACCGACCUCCGCCUCCGCCGCCAGCUGGCCCAUAAUACCCCCGCGGCCUGCCCAGCAUGUCGACCACCCAGAAGGAGAAGGAAAACACCGACUACGGCACACCUCAUGCCGACGGCGAUACCCAUCAAGAUGCCAACACGGUGCACACUCGGCUGCGCGCCAACAGCUCUAUCAUGCAGCUGAACAAGAUCCUCGUGGCCAACCGAGGGGAGAUUCCAAUCCGUAUCUUUCGUACUGCACACGAAUUGUCCCUGCAGACAGUCGCAGUCUACUCGCAUGAAGAUCGUCUCUCAAUGCACAGGCAAAAGGCCGACGAGGCAUAUGUCAUUGGAAAGCGAGGACAGUAUACUCCUGUUGGCGCAUACCUGGCCGGCGACGAGAUCAUCAAGAUUGCGAAAGCGCAUGGCGUCCACUUCAUCCACCCCGGAUACGGUUUCCUCAGUGAGAACUACGAAUUCGCCAAAGCCGUAGAGGCCGCCGGUAUCAUCUGGGUCGGACCAAACCCUGAGACCAUCAACGACCUGGGUGACAAGGUGUCUGCACGAAAGUUGGCCGCAAAGGCGGAUGUGCCAACAGUCCCCGGUACUCCAGGCCCAGUGGCCAAGUUUGAAGCAUGCAAGGAAUUUACCGACGAAUACGGCUUCCCAAUCAUCAUCAAGGCCGCAUUUGGUGGUGGUGGACGUGGCAUGCGUGUGGUUUGGAAGCAGGAGGACCUCAAGGAUUCGUUUGAGCGUGCCACAUCCGAGGCCAAGUCGGCUUUCGGUAACGGAACCGUCUUCAUUGAGCGCUUCCUCUACCGUCCCAAGCAUAUCGAGGUCCAGCUUUUGGGAGACAACCAUGGCAACGUCGUCCACUUGUACGAGCGUGACUGUUCCGUGCAGCGUCGUCACCAAAAGGUCGUCGAAUUGGCUCCGGCCAAGGAUCUACCCCAAGAGACGAGAGACGCCAUUCUCAACGAUGCCGUACGACUCGCAAAGUCCGCCAACUACCGCAACGCUGGAACUGCCGAGUUCUUGGUCGAUCAGGAGGGUCGCCAUUACUUUAUUGAGAUCAACCCGCGUAUUCAAGUCGAGCACACCAUUACUGAGGAGAUUACGGGUAUCGAUAUUGUGGCUGCGCAGAUCCAAAUCGCAGCUGGUGCUUCUUUGGAACAGCUUGGUCUGACCCAGGACCGCAUUUCGACCAGAGGAUUUGCCAUUCAGUGCCGUAUCACGACUGAGGAUCCUGCAGAGCAGUUUAAGCCAGACACCGGCAAGAUUGAGGUCUACCGAUCGGCUGGCGGUAAUGGUGUACGUUUAGACGGAGGCAACGGAUUCUCCGGAGCUGUCAUUACGCCAUACUACGACAGCAUGUUGGUAAAAUGCACCUGCUUGGGUUCCACCUACGAGAUCGCUCGCCGAAAGGUGCUCCGCGCCUUGGUCGAAUUCCGAAUCCGCGGCCUCAAGACCAACAUUCCUUUCCUCGCUUCCCUCCUCACCCACGAAACUUUCAUCGAAUCCAAGUGCUGGACCACAUUCAUCGACGACACACCCGAGCUGUUUAAGCUGAUCGGCAGCCAGAAUCGCGCGCAAAAGCUGCUCAGCUAUCUCGGCGAGGUCGUCGUCAACGGCCCACAAGUUGUUGGACAAAUCGGCGAGUCCAAGUUCAAGGGCGAGGCUAUCAUACCCACCCUCUACGACGAUGCUGGGAAAGAGAUCGAUACCUCUGUUCCCUGCACCAAGGGAUGGCGCAACAUCAUUGUCGAGCAAGGUCCAGAGGCAUUCGCCAAAGCCAUGCGCAAGAACAAGGGUUGUCUCAUCAUGGACACAACCUGGCGUGAUGCCCACCAAUCUCUCCUCGCAACUCGCAUGCGUACGAUUGAUCUUCUCAACAUCGCCAAGGAGACCUCAUACGCUCUUAGCAAUGCUUGGGCGCUGGAAUGCUGGGGUGGAGCGACAUUCGACGUUGCCAUGCGAUUCUUGUAUGAAGACCCAUGGGAGCGACUCCGCAAGAUGAGGAAAGCUGUGCCGAAUAUUCCCUUCCAGAUGCUGUUGCGUGGUGCGAACGGUGUUGCGUACUCCAGUCUGCCGGACAAUGCCAUCUACCACUUCUGUGAGCAGGCCAAGAAGAACGGUAUGGAUAUCUUCAGGGUGUUCGAUGCCUUGAACGAUACCGACCAGUUGGAGGUCGGUGUGUCCGCUGUGCUGAAAGCGGGUGGUGUCGCCGAGGGUACUGUUUGCUACUCUGGUGACAUGUUGAACCCGGAGAAGAAAUACAACCUGGAAUACUACAUGAAGGUUGUGGACAAGAUCGUCAAGAUGGGCGCACACAUCAUCGGUGUCAAGGACAUGGCUGGUGUGCUCAAGCCCAAGGCCGCAAGACUCUUGAUCGGCUCCAUCCGCGAGAAGUACCCGGACAUUCCAAUCCACGUCCACACUCACGACUCCGCCGGAACUGGUGUCGCUUCCAUGGUUGCUUGCGCCCAGGCUGGUGCCGAUGCCGUCGAUGCUGCCACUGACAGUCUCUCCGGAACGACCUCCCAACCCAGCAUCGGUGCUCUUGUCGCCUCUCUCGAGGGCAGCGAUUUCGAGGCUGGCCUCAACUCUCACCACCUUCGCGCGUUGGACUCUUACUGGGCUCAAGUCCGCAUGACGUACUCUCCCUUCGAGGCUUGGCUCACCGGUCCCGAUCCCGAGGUCUACGAGCACGAGAUCCCCGGUGGUCAACUCACCAACCUCAUCUUCCAGGCCUCUCAGCAAGGUCUCGGCGCGCAGUGGGCCCAGACCAAGAAGGCCUACGAGCAAGCCAACGAUCUCCUCGGCGACAUCGUCAAGGUCACACCCACCUCCAAGGUCGUCGGCGACCUCGCCCAAUUCAUGGUCUCCAACAACCUCACACCCGAAGAAGUCCGAGAAAAAGCCAAGGAACUCGACUUCCCCUCUUCCGUCCUCGAAUUCUUUGAAGGUCUCAUGGGUCAACCCUACGGCGGCUUCCCUGAACCUCUUCGCUCCGACGCCCUCCGCGACCGCCGCAAGAUGGACAAGCGUCCCGGCCACUACCUCUCCCCCAUCAACUUUGACGAAAUCCGCGAGAAGCUCAAGGAAGAAUACGGUGGCUGCUCCGAGACGGACGUCGCGUCGUACACCAUGUACGCCAAAGUGUUCCAGGACUACAAGAAAUUCACGGCCAAGUACGGCGACUUGUCGGUGUUGCCGACGCGGUACUUUCUCAACAAACCGGAGGUCGGGGAGGAGUUUUCCGUGGAGCUGGAGAAGGGGAAAAUCAUCAUCCUCAAGUUACUCGCUGUCGGACCGCUUUCGGAACAGACGGGGCAGAGGGAGGUUUUCUUCGAGACGAAUGGUGAGAUGCGACAGGUCACCGUGCAGGAUAGUCAUGCUUCGGUGGAGAAUGUUUCGCGACCAAAGGCCGAUUCGGGGGAUUCGUCACAGGUCGGAGCGCCGAUGAGUGGAAUGGUGGUGGAGAUCAGGUUGAAGGAUGGGGCGGAUGUGAAUAAGGGGGAUCCGAUUGCGAUUUUGAGUGCGAUGAAGAUGGAAAUGGUCAUUUCGGCUCCGCACUCGGGUAAAGUCGAGUCGAUGAGUGUCAAGGAGGGGGAUUCGGUGGAUUCGGGGGAUUUGGUGUGUAAGAUUGCGAAGUAG